AUGUCUCGCAUUCCGCCCGUGGAAAAGCUACCGCUUGCGGUCCGGAAGAACCUCCGUGAUGAGUGGGAGAGCAAAAAGGAAGACCUCGAGAAGGAGCUCUCCGACGUCCUCGGCGCCGAGUGGACGUUGAGCGAGAUCAACCCGAACGAGCUCUACGCCUACGCGGGAGAUGGCUACGCCAAGCAGUACCUUGGCAGCUGCAUCGCCCAAUACGUGUCCUCGGCCAUCUCCAACCUCAAGUCCUUUGCCUCGACUUACGGCGAGGACGGUAAGGCGGAGCUCAACUCCAUCUGCCACGCCCGCUCGCUGCUCCUCGACCUCGACGACCGGCCUGACAAGAAGGCGCGCGUGUCGUACUGCGGCGUGCUCGUCAGAGACGGCGGCAAGCUGGCCCUCGUCUUCGCCGAGGGCAACCUCGGCACCAACGCCGACUACGCCAUCGACAGCGCGGGCCUGCUCAAGGCCCUCAACGACGCGCCGCCCGCCCCCGGGUCCGACGGCGCCAUGAGCUACGCCGCGCGCACGUCGGUGCGGCAGGAGUACGACGAGCAGAUCGAGGAGACGAGGAAGAAGCUGGCCGACAUGCUCGAGCGGCCCGACGUCGUGCUCGUGCCCAACUUUGAGGCCAACUUUACAAAGAUCCGCGAGGCCUCCCAGAAGAAGGGCAGCGAGGUGAGGGACGACUGGGAAGGUAACCUGGGCGGGUUCACGCGGAUGUACUUUGAGGGGCUCGAGUACCAGAUGGCCUACCAAAAGUUUGGGGAGGACGACCUGCUGAGGGAGGGCUUCAACGACGCUGUCGAGAAGGGGGAGGUUCACUUCCGCAUUGUGGAUAAGAUGGCGUACGGCACGUAUGGCGAGGUCGUCCUGGAGGACGGAGCCGUCUACGUUCAGACUCGCCCUCACCACUUUGGCUCCAAUGUGAGCUAUGCCGCUGAGAAGCUUUUGGACCAGCUUUGA